AUUACAGGUAUAAAAAGGACGAGCUGUUUAAAAGACUGAAGGUGACUACUUUUGCCCAACUGGUCAUCCAGGUCGCCUCUCUAUCUGAUGAAACCUUAGAAGUGACGAGUGAGGAGAUCCACGAGCUGGAAGAUGGCGAUGCUGCUGCUCCCGAGGCUGAAGUCACAGCGGGGACAAAUGGGAAAGGAAGCCCCGAGGGGACACCCAGUCCGGUCCUGUUCAUAAACCACACGGGAGCCGGGGAAUCCUAUCGGUCCACGCUGCAGAGCGUGAUAAGCGGCGUCGGGGAACUGGAUAUAGAAAAGGACGCUCCAAAGAAAGCCGAGGCUCAGGCUAAAGACCUGCCUUAUCCCGACUGCCCCUUCCUGCUCUUGGAUGUCCGAGACCAAGACGCCUACGACCAAUGUCACAUCGUUGGAGCUUAUUCCUACCCUAUUGCGAUGCUGUCUAGAACCAUGAACCCAUACACAAACAGUAUUCUGGAAUACAAAAACGCCCAUGGAAAAAUUAUCAUUUUGUAUGACAACGACGAGAGGUUAGCCAGCCAGGCUGCCACCACCAUGUGUGAGAGGGGCUUUGAGAACUUGUUCAUGUUAUCUGGCGGCCUCAAGGUCCUGGCGCAGAAGAUCCCCGACGGUCUGAUCACCGGCUCCCUCCCCACCUCCUGCCAGGCAGCAGCUCCCGCUGGAUCUGCCCGAAAAAAGCCCUCUCCCAGAGCGCCACCCGCACGGGCUGAGAAUAAAUGGAGGUUUUCUGCAGAUGACCUACAAAAGAUAAAGUUCUACCUGGAAGAGGAGCACGUUCCUUCAGGCCCUGCCAGCCGUCUUAGCCGCGGUUCUUCAGGCCGGGAGACCAAAGUGACCACCGCGAGGAGCAGCUCCAGCCUCCCCAGCACCGCUGGAUCCCUCACCGCCCGCACGCUCAGCAGGAGCAGCCUCCAGAACAGGCCGUGGAAAUAG